AUGGCCCUUGGGGUCUCACUCGUGGCUCAGGUCUUGGUUGAGGGGUUUACAACCUUCUCAAUCAUAGACUUUACCGGUGGUGCACAUGUCGUUCCCUUGUCUGACCUCUGCGGCGCGAACAGCUUCUAUGGCUCGCUCGUGAACAAGCCUCUUGAGUUCCUCCUUGGACACCUCGAUGCUCUUGAUGUUACGCUGACCGUUGGUCGGCGUGUGCGAACUAGGAUAGGUCUUCUCAGCGACGACUCGAGUGAGUCUACUGAAGCUGAGCGUGGUCUAGCCUUGACGGAACGUCAAGGAUUCCUCCGGCGAUCUCGGUAA